ACCACCCGGUUCCCUGCUGUUGCAACUAGGAUACACAAUAUGAAGGCAACAUCAGCACCCACGGCACUGCUUGCGCUGGCAGUGCACCUAGAACAAUCCGCUGCUUUCGUAGCCCCCUGCAGCGGCGGGUUCCUUCGAAAAGGUGUUUCUACUCGCCAAUGCUCGACAGCACCAACAGCAGCAGCGACCAUGUCGCUCGACAACAACUCCGCUCGGGUAGCGCUGGGGACGUUUCUAGCGGGCGCCGCGGUGCUCUUCUCGGGAGGGGAGGCCGCUCUGGCUGACGGAUCGACGACGAAGUUCAGCCUCCCGCCGGUCGGUCAGGGCAAGGACAGGUGCCUGUUCAAGAGCAGUGCUAUGGGACAGGCGAAUGCCGCAAGGGAUAAGCUGUACGACCUACGAGAGUGCGACAUGAGCGGGAAAUCGGCGGCCGGUUUCGACCUGAGCGGCGUCAUCGCUUCUGAAGCAAACUUCUCCAAGGGAGACUUCAAGGAGGUCGUCAUGUCCAAGGCCUACGCACGGAGCUCCAACUGGGAAGAAGCUGACUUCACUAACGCGGUCGUAGAUCGGGUUUCUUUCGACGGCUCUUCCAUGAAGGGGGCUAUUUUCCAGAACGCGGUUCUUACGAGCACGAGCUUCACGGGAGCGGACGUGGAAAAUGCCGACUUCACGGAGGCGUACAUGGGUGACUUCGACCAGAAGAACUUGUGCAAGAACCCUACCCUCAAGGGCACCAAUCCCGUCACCAAUGCGGAUACGAGGGCCAGCGCUGGAUGCCGAAGUCUAUGA